AUGCACGCCUUCUUCACCACGUUGACCAUUUGCGCUGCCAUUGCUUCCCCGUGUUUGGCAGUCAUCCGCGGAAUGCCCGCCAAUCCCGAGGACAGACUGCGCCUUCUUCUCCCUAGCUCGCGCGACGUGGACGGUUCCAUCCGUGAACGGUCCCUACUCCCCAUUGAGCUACAGCCCGGCGAGGCCAACCCCUACAUGAAUCUAAACAUUGCAAACUUCCCAUCUAAGCGCCUAUUUUGCACCCUUCCCGGAUGCAGGGUCUUUUCUCCCUCCUCUUUCCAGGCCGCCAAGAAACGUGAUACUGGUAUCCUACUGGGUUUCCAACUUGGUCCUGAAAAUGUACAAAACCCUGAUCUUUUCGGCGACACUGCUAAUAAUGGCGGUAACGAGAGGCGUUCUGGAGCCACGGCUGUCUCAGUCGGGGCCCUGCGCAGCGAACUGGUUAGGGCUCGCACGGUCACCAACAGUGGGAGCGGCGAUGAGAAACGUGCCUUCUGCUCUAUUCCUGGAUGCAACGUUGGUUACAAUCCUAGCUACUACGGGACUGGUGAAGGAACGAACAAACGCUCCGCAAACUUGGUGGAGAGGGGAAUCAAUCUUGGCCCAGAAAUGUCGCCUGCCCUCGCCGAGCUUCUCAGAGGCCUUACUACCACUGGCGAUAGCGAGAGGCGCAACCUCUACGGCGGCUUCGCGUUCACUGAGGAAGAAAGGCAGGCGAUUACGGCAAUGAUGGGCUUGUGA